ACAAAUAACAAAGUUGUUGGAUUAUUCCGUGUUGGACUGCCUUGCCUUAACGUUGUUGGUUAGCAGCGCACAACAGCUACAACAGCAUCAAUUCCUCAAAGCAUAAUAUUGAGUUAAGAUUUACUUCGUUUAGUGCUUUGUGGUAUUCGCUUCGUUUGAGAUCGUGGCUCUUCUCCGUGUAUAGAGUGUGGUUGGUUAGUGUGACGCGACGACUUACGACGACGUUCUAUCUUCUAUGUUGGUUAACCUUCGGGACAAAUAGAUAUUAAAAUCUGUAUUAUAGUAGCGCACUAUAGUAGUUGUUUUUUAUUUUUCGUUCCAACCAUAUCCAGAGAGUGUAUCUAUCUGAUUAUAUCUGAAUUAGUUUUUUUUUUAUUGACUGGAAUCGCAGAAAGAUUUGAUCUUUUCACAUAUGGAUGUGCUAGAUCAGUUAAAUUUUUAUAUUUGAAAAUCAAAAACAAAAGGAUAAAAGUGUCUGUGGUCACAAUUUAUUCUCAGACAAUCUAAAACUUUAUUUGUGAGUUUUAUCUUAUAUCAUCACAAAAUGAAGCUGCUUAUGUUGUUAUUUUUGGCUGGAGUUUGGAGUAGCAUAUCGGCCUUAUCACUGGAUCCAGCGGCAUCCGGGGAGUUGGAACAAUAUAUUAAAGGAGACUGUGUUAUAUCUAUGAGACAUAUUAGACCUCGCCGAAAGCUUCACAUAUCAAUUGAAGCUUUAUUCAUGAUUGACUUUCCAAGCCUUAAACAUCGAAUGUCAUUCUUUUUGGAUCGCAAACAGCAACGUGUAACACUUGACAUAAGUUUUAAUUCAGUGACUACUUCGAAGCACUUUGAUAUUCCAAAUAUUAAUGAAACAAGUACUAUACGUUCAUUGGCUCUUUAUUUCCACAAAGAUAAAAUAUCGCUAAUUGUUGAUUGCAAGGAAGUUUCCAAACAUGAAAUUGAUCUCAGCCUGUCUAAGCUGUAUACUCAAAUGGAGGAUCCAAUUAUAAAACUUUUCCGUGAACGCAAAUAUCCACUACAUUUUGAUGGUACGGUUGAAGAUGCCCUCUCACGUGCUAAUUGCCAAAAAGGAUUACACCGACGUGGGAACAGAAAAAUGCUGAAAAAUCGAACGAGUGAAAAGGAGAAAAAUAAGAAACGCGACGUCCGAGAUUGGUUCAGCCAAGAGCCAUCAGGAAAUAACGAACCCUAUCGUCAAACACAGGGCUUAUCGACAAUUGAAAAUAUUAAUGAUGUGCAAAGGCGUGGAGAUAUUCCAGUGAUUCCCGGUGAUUGUGAAGACGCCCUCACAAAAUCACUAGCAGAUUUAAUGGCAUUAGUGAAACUGCUCCGCGAGGAUAUAUCACACCAACGCAAGGAAAUCGCAUAUUUAAGAACUCUGAUAGAGAACUGUGCGGGCUGCAAGCCAGAUGAAUUAAAAGUAGCUUCAUGUCGCACCGCAAAUCCUUGCUAUCCUGGUGCUGAAUGUUAUGAGACGCCGUCCGGUUUGAGGUGUGGCCGUUGUCCUCAUGGUCUUGUCGGUGAUGGAAAAAACUGCAAGCCAGGAGUAUCUUGUGCGGAUAGACCAUGUUUCUCUGGAGUUCAAUGUCAUGACACAAUAAAUGGUGCGCAGUGCGACUCUUGCCCCAUUGGAUAUGAAGGUGACGGAAAAACCUGUACGAUAAGGAAUGCUUGCUUAGACGGACCAUGUCCUUCCGGGGUUGAAUGUGUACAAACGAGUUCAAGGCCUUUCUACCAAUGCGUAUCGUGUCCACGAGGAUUCUUUGGAAAUGGAAGUAAAUGUCAUGACAUUGAUGAAUGUGACCUUUACGAGCCAUGUGAUUCAAAAGCAAUUUGUGUAAACCUUAGUCCAGGAUUUAGAUGUGAACGUUGCCCUGCAGGUUUCCAAGGCAAUCAUGCUAAUGGUUACUCUACAACAUAUCUUUCUCCAAGCUACAAGCGACAAAUAUGUCGUGAUAUAGAUGAAUGCGAAAUAGGACUCUCACUUUGUGACAAAAACUCGGAAUGUAUAAACACAAUUGGUUCCUACCAAUGCAAAUGUAAGGAAGGUUUCAUAGCUAACAGUACGUUUGGAUGUUUUCCGGUAACCGAUAUGUGCCCGGAUGGUACUAUCUGCCAUAAAAAUGCCCAAUGCAAAUACACUGGUAGCUUCCAGUAUGGAUGCAAGUGUAACGUUGGUUGGGCAGGCGAUGGUUUUAUAUGCGGAAGGGACAGAGAUCUUGAUGGUUGGCCAGAUUUUCAGUUGAGUUGCUUCGAUGUUAAAUGCAAAUCGGACAAUUGUCCCAAUAUACCAAACUCUGGUCAAGAGGAUGCUGACAGAGACAGCAUUGGUGAUGCUUGCGAUAAUGAUGCAGAUGGAGACAUGGAAGAGAAUGACAAAGAUAAUUGUCCUUUUAAAUAUAAUCCUGAUCAAAAGGACUCCGAUCAUGAUGGUUUGGGUGAUGCAUGUGACAAUUGCCCGUAUGUUCCUAAUAGACGUCAAACUGAUUCUGAUGGUGAUGGUGUUGGGGAUGAUUGCGAUGAUGAUGUCGAUAAAGAUGGUAUACUUAAUAAAUAUGACAAUUGUCCUACGGUCCCAAAUCCAAAUCAAUUGGACAUUGAUAAUGAUGGAAUUGGUGAUGUAUGUGACAACUGCGCUACAAUUCCAAAUCCAUCUCAGGAAGACAGAGACAGUGAUCUAGUAGGAGACGCUUGUGAUAGUGACAUCGAUGGAGAUGAUGAUGGAAGACAGGAUAGUGAAGAUAAUUGUCCUAUGGUUAGUAAUCCUGAUCAAUUGGAUACAGAUGGAGAUGGCAAAGGGGAUGCCUGUGACGAUGAUAUUGAUGAUGAUGGUAUACCCAAUUACAAAGACAAUUGCGCACUGGCUUAUAACCCUGAUCAAUUGGAUCAUGACAGAAACGGCAAAGGCGAUAUUUGUGAAAAAGACGAGGACCAAGAUACAAUUCCGAACUUCCUUGAUAAUUGUCCAAACAAUUCGAAAAUAUAUUCAACAGAUUUUCGAUCAUUUCAAACCGUUAUAUUGGACCCAGAAGGUGAUUCUCAGAAAGAUCCCAAUUGGGAAGUACACGCAAAUGGCUCAGAGAUAGUACAAACACUUAAUAGUGAUCCCGGAUUAGCCAUUGGUCAUCCUGCUUUUGGAGGAGUUGAUUUUGAAGGCACAUUCUAUGUUGACACAGAUACUGAUGAUGAUUAUGUUGGCUUUGUGUUUAGUUAUCAAAGCAAUCGAAAAUUCUAUGUUGUUAUGUGGAAGAAGCUUACACAAACUUAUUGGCAUUCAACUCCGUUUAGAGCAUCUGCUGAACCAGGAAUUCAAAUUAAAUUGGUUGAUAGUUCCACAGGUCCGGGCUCAAUGCUUAGAAAUAGUCUUUGGCAUACAGGUGAUACCAGGGAUCAAGUAAAACUUCUGUGGAAAGAUCCAGCUAAUGAAGGAUGGAAAGAGAAAACUGCAUAUCGUUGGGCUUUGAUGCAUCGUCCUGAUAUUGGUCUGAUAAGGCUUAGAAUCUUUGCUGGUGAUGAGUUAGUGACAGAUUCAAAGAAUAUUUAUGAUUCAACACUGAAAGGAGGUCGUUUGGGAGUUUUUUGUUUCUCUCAAGAGAUGAUUAUUUGGUCUGAUUUGGCAUACAAAUGCAAUUCACGUGUGCCUAUUAAGGUGUAUAAUGAACUUUCGGAAAAUUUGAAGCAAAGAGUUGAAGUUGACAGCAGCACAUGAACUAACCACACUCACAACCGGAGAAGUAUGCAUACAAGGAGUCUCAGUACAAUAAAAAUCAAUGUGCCACGUAGUAUUCUACUUUUCUUUAUUUAUAAUUUAUAUAUUUUUUUUAAUUUCUAAUCAAAAGAUUUUUGUGAAAAAUAAAAACUAAAAAACUGAGGAUCUUUUAAAAAAUAAUUAGUAUAAUGAAUUUAUAACAAA